AUGCGAAUCGCUGUAGCCGGUGGAGGUUGCGGCCUGGGAUGCCUCCUGGCCUCGCAGAUAUCGCGAGCAAAGAGCGCCCACAACGUCCUUGUUUUAUCCAGAACUCCGAAACCCAUAUACGAGUCUCUGGACAUCCAGGUCCAGAUUGUGGACUAUUUCAACCCCGAAAGCUUGCAAUACGCACUCCGGGGAGUUGACCUGGUCAUUUCAACCGUCUCCGGGAGAGAACAGAUCAAUCUCAUUCUGGCUGCCGGCGAAGGCACGGUCCGUCACUUUGUCCCUGCCGAGUUCGAAGGCAAGCUGUGGCAACGACCGCCCAGGGACGGCUCGACGGCUGGCGAAUCAGCUCUGGCCUGGCUGCAGACCUUUCAGAAUCGGAACCUGAUGAAGUACACCGUCUUCUCCUGCGGGGUGCUCAUGGAGAUCUUCCACCCGCUGGGCCUGGGCAGCUUCGACAUGGGCUUCCGCGCCGGCGUAUCCCACCCGAAUAGCUACUUGAUCAACCUUCCCGAAGCCACGGCCGAAUACGCCGUACAGAACGCUCAGGGCCAGCCCCCGGGCAGUAUAUGUUUAACGUCAGUCUACGACCUUGUCCACUUUGUCGUUUUGGCGCUCGAGCUGGGGCUGGACGCCUGGCCUCGGGAAUUCACCCUUCGCGGAGACCGCCUGUCCGUCCAAGAACUUGUAGAGACGUACGGCUCUGCACGCAACGGUAAAUUGACACCCCCUUGCCCAAAGUUGGUGGGUCGAGGCCAGACUAACGAGUUUCUUUAUCUUGUUUUCUAUCCCGCAGUGACAUUCAGCUACGUCGCUCAGGUUUACUCCAGUGCCCAGCUUUACCUAACCUAUUAUUCUCAGAGCGGAAACGAGCUGAAAGCCGGCUAUUAUCGACGGCUCAUGGCCACGGCAGAUGGGCGAUACGAUUUCCAAGAGGCCACACUCAACGAGACCCUCCAGAACAACCACAUGAUGGAUUUCGUCCCCAUGACUUUCGCGCAAUGGCUCGACAAGAUCUAG